GAAAGGGAUGGACGGCGUUAAAAAGGGAGGGAGUUGGCGUGUGAAGACGGCUCCGUAGAGGACUUUUCAAAAUUAGAGAGAGAGAGAGAGAGAGAGUCAAAGGAAGAAGAAAGAAAUAUGAAUGGGUGAUGGACGAGUGAGUAGAGAGAGUUGUGGAAAUAGAAAAAAGAAGGUUGAAGCGAUGGGGGAGGGAAACGAUGUGUGGGAGGGAGUAAUGGAAGCGACGAAGUGGGCGCAGGAGAACAAAACAGACCCUCUGCUAUGGUCAAUUCAGGUGACAUCGAUCCUAAACUCAGCGGGAGUGUCCCUCCCAUCAAUCCAGCUGGCGCACCGCCUCGUCUCCCACAUCUGCUUCGACAACCACCUGCCUAUCACCUGGAAGUAUCUCGAGAAAGCCAUGGCGGUCCGCCUCGUCCCUCCCUUGCUCGUCCUCUCGCUCCUCGCCGCCCGCGUCGUCCCCCACCGCCGCCUCCACCCCGCCGCUUACGCUCUCUACAUCGACCUCCUCAACCGCCACGCCUUUUCUCUCUCCUCUAACCUCCACUCUCCCAAUUACCCCAAAGUCAUGGCCUCCCUGCACCACGCUCUCCGCCUCUCCCAGCCCUUCUCCUCGCCCGGCCUCCUUCUCGUUCACUUCGUCUUCGCCGUCGUCUCCCAGCUUCUCGAAGCUUCCUUGGACGACGAUGGAUUGCUCCAACCCCAGGAUGCCUUGCACGUUGAUAUGCUAAUUGACGCUCCUAACCACAAUAAGGAUGCUUUGCAUAGGAAAAAUACAGCCAUGGCGAUUCAGCUUAUUGCUCGAUUUCUUCACGAUAAAGUCACUUCCAGGAUCCUCUCCUUGGUUCAACGGAACAUGCCGGCACAUUGGGGACCUUUUGUUCACCAACUGCAGCGGCUUGCGGGGAAUUCGAUACUGUUGAGGAACUUGAAGCAUGUUACUCCUGAGUCCCUUGUGCCUUUGAAUUUCAACUCCACUGCUGGGAUUAAGCUUUUGUCUUCUGAAUGGAAAACUACGCCUAAGCUGGAACUGAGUGCUGUCAUGGCUGCUGGUGCUGACUCUUGCGCAGUUCAAUCUCGGCAUGAUAGUUGGUCUUUGCUUUGGCUUCCUAUUGAUCUUAUCCUUGAGGAUGCAAUGGAUGGCAAUCAUGUGGCGGAAAAUAGUGCUGUUGAAGUGCUUACUGGGUUGGUUAAGGCUUUGCAAGCAGUUAAUGGUACUGCAUGGCACAGUGCUUUUUUAGGUUUAUGGAUUGCGGCACUACGGCUAGUUCAAAGGGAGAGGGAUCCUUCUGAGGGUCCUGUACCUCGUCUUGAUACCUGCUUGUGUAUGCUAUUGUGCAUUACAACCCUUGUAGUUGCUAACCUUAUUGAAGAAGAGGAAGGGGAACUUAUUGAAGAAGCUGAGCGGAGCCCCACCAAUCAAAGGAAGGACAAACAGGCUUUGGGAGUUCGUCGUGGGGAAUUGGUUAUAAGCUUACAGCUAUUGGGUGAUUAUGAGAAUUUACUCAGUCCACCUCAAUCUGUUAUUUGGGGAGCCAAUCAGGCUGCUGCCAAGGCUACCUUGUUUGUAUCAGGACAAAGUGGAUACUUGGAAUAUACGAAUGUGAAUGACUUGCCCACAAAUUUUUCUGGUAACUUGAGGCAUCUGAUUGUUGAGGCUUGUAUUGCGAGACAUCUGCUUGAUACCUCGGCUUAUUUCUGGCCUGGUUAUGUGAGUGCACCUUGCAACCAGCUACCUCAUAGUAUUCCUAACCAUUUGCCUAGCUGGUCGUCAUUGAUGAAGGGAUCAUCACUAACUCCUCAGUUGGUUAAUGUCUUAGUUGCUACUCCUGCUUCUAGCUUAGCAGAGAUUGAGAAAAUAUUUGAAUUUGCAAUCAAUGGCUCGGAUGAAGAAAAGAUAUCUGCUGCUACCAUUCUAUGUGGAGCAUCUUUAGUACGUGGCUGGAAUGUGCAGGAACACAUAAUUUUUUUCAUCAUAAAGUUGCUUUCACCUCCAGUUCCUCCUACAUAUUCUGGGACUGAAAGCUAUUUGAUUAGCUAUGCUCCAUUUUUGAAUGUCCUUCUGCUUGGAAUUUCACCUGUAGACAGUGUUCACAUAUUCUCCCUACAUGGCGCGGUUCCACUACUUGCAGCUGUGUUAAUGCCAAUAUGUGAGGCUUUUGGAUCAUGUAUUCCUAAUGUCUCAUGGACUGCUGUAACUGGUGAAAAACUCACUUGCCAUGCGGUGUUCUCUAAUGCAUUUAUUCUCCUGCUGAGAUUAUGGCGGUUUAGUCUUCCACCUAUUGAACAUGUGAUGGGGGGUGCAGCAACUCCAGCAUUAGGAUCACAAUUAGGUCCUGAGUAUCUUUUAUUGGUUCGGAAUUGUAUGUUAGCAUCCUUUGGGAAAUCACCAAAAGAUCGUGUAAGAAGUAGAAGAUUUUCAAAAUUGAUAAGUUUUUCUACAGAGCCCUUAUUUAUGGAUUCCUUUCCAAAAUUGAACAUCUGGUAUCGGCAACAUCGAGAAUGUAUUGAAUCCACAUGCUCUACCCUUGCACCUGGACCUGGAGGGUCAGUUUCUCAGAUCGUUGAAGCACUACUAAGCAUGAUGUGCAGGAAAAUAAAUCGAAGUGCUCAGACAUUGACACCUACAACUUCAGGAAGCAGCAAUUCAUCCACUUCUUCAUUGGAUGAUGCUUUGAUGAAACUCAAAGUGCCUGCAUGGGACAUCCUUGAAGCGACUCCAUUUGUUCUUGAUGCUGCUCUUACUGCUUGUGCUCAUGGAAGACUCUCUCCUCGUGAAUUGGCUACAGGUCUCAAAGAUCUUGCUGAUUUUCUCCCGGCAACUUUGGGUACCAUUGUAAGCUACUUAUCAGCUGAAGUAACACGUGGCGUAUGGAAGCCUGCUUUUAUGAAUGGAACUGAUUGGCCCAGCCCUGCGGCAAAUUUAUCUACAGUCGAACAACAAAUCAAGAAAAUUCUAGCGGCCACAGGUGUUGAUGUGCCAAGCCUUGCCAUAGAUGGGAACGGUCCAGCUACACUUCCUUUGCCAUUGGCGGCCUUUCUAAGCCUCACAAUAACAUAUAAAUUGGACAAAUCUUAUGAGCGCUUCGUUGUUUUGGUUGGCCCAUCUUUGAUCGCUCUUUCUUCUGGUUGCCCCUGGCCAUGCAUGCCCAUUGUAGGUGCUUUGUGGGCUCAGAAGGUUAAGCGUUGGAGUGACUUUUUUGUAUUCUCUGCCUCUGCAACUGUCUUCCACCACAGCAGGGAUGCUGUAGUUCAGCUCUUAAAAAGUUGCUUCACCUCCACCCUUGGGCUUGGUUCUGCCUGUAUUUAUAACAAUGGUGGGGUUGGCACUCUCCUUGGUCAUGGUUUUGGUUCUCACGUUUCUGGAGGGAUCUCUCCAGUUGCUCCUGGGAUUUUCUACUUAAGAGUUUUCAGGUCUAUUAGAGAUGUCAUGUUCUUGACAGAAGAAAUUGUAUCUCUUUUGAUGCUUUCAGUUAGAGAUAUAGCAAAUGGUGGAUUGCCCAAGGGUGAAGUGGAUAAGCUCAAGAAGACUAAAUAUGGAAUGAGAUACGGACAGGUUUCUCUUUCUGCAUCAAUGACACGCGUUAAGCAUGCCGCUCUUCUUGGGGCAUCGUUUCUUUGGAUAUCUGGUGGUUAUGGUUUGGUUCAAUCUUUGUUUACAGAAACACUACCUUCCUGGUUUUUAUCAGCCCAAGGGUUAGAGCAGGAAGUGGGAGAAUCUGGAGUUGUAGUUGCUAUGCUGAGAGGUUAUGCACUUGCAAGUUUUGCCGUACUUAGUGGCACAUUUGCCUGGGGUAUUGACACUUCAUCACCAGCAUCAAAACGACGACCAAAGGUUCUUGAGAUUCAUUUAGAAUUUCUUGCAAAUGCCCUAGAUGGAAAAGUAUCUCUUCGCUGUGAUUGCGCAACUUGGCGUGCAUAUGUGUCUGGGGUUAUGAGCUUGAUGGUGAGUUGCACGCCACUGUGGAUUCAGGAACUUGAUGUGGGUAUGUUGAAGAGAAUAAGCAACGGAUUAAGACAGUUGAAUGAAGAAGACUUGGCUCUGCGCCUAUUAGAAAUUAAAGGGACAAGCGUCAUGGGUGAGGUAGCUGAAAUGAUAAGCCAAAGUAGAUUUUAACGGCCCACAACUUGGUGUAUGACCUUUGACUUUGGGAUUUUGUUACUCAUAUCAGGAGGAAGAAUGGCACACUUGAUUUGCUACUUGCUACCUUUUCUGUACAUAGCAAUGUAAAUUUCAUAAUUUUGUAUUAUCCCUUGAAUUUAGAGACUAGAGCAGUUACGUUUAGCUAACAGUAAAAACCUCUGAUCAUAGUUUUAUAGCAAUUAUUGUAUUCAUGUGUACUUAUAGCAUUCACAGAUUUCCUCGUGGGUCAUACGAGAAUUUGUUUUUUAUUUUUUUGAAUAUUCCAUAAAAAAAUUCUGGAUCAUUGGUCAUACAUUUUUUAA